AUGUUGCACUACCUCGUCUGCGGCAUGGGAUACUACGGCGUCUCACAGUACAUAUCCAAGAUGAGUGGUGAUAUCCAUGCGAAUAUAUCCAUUUCUGCUGCGAUAGUGAUACCAGGUACUCUUGUGAGUGUAUUUUUGCUCAACAGAAUUGGAAGGAAAUUAUUUCUUGGUUCAACUAAUUUCUUAGCUGGCGCAUUUAUGGUAAUUACUGUUCUAAUAAGUAACUAUGACCCAAAAUGGCUAAAAGUGGUAUUCGCGUGUAUUUCAAAUUGUUUCUUUUUCAUGUCCUUUAUUGUGGUGUUCCUUUAUGGCGUGGAACUAUUUCCGACUCCGAUCCGCAAUUCGGCACUGGGUGUGUUGACAGUAUUGUCUAGGGCCGGUAUGAUGAUAGCUCCACAGAUCAAUAUACUGAAUCCUAUCGUUGCGGGUUAUGUAUUCGCGCUACUGGCACUAAUAGGCAGCGGUUUAACUCUGUGUUUACCUGAGACGAAAAACAAGGAGCUGCCGUCUACUUUGAAAGAAGCUGAAGCAAGAGGGUAGACGGUUUCUUAAUUAGUUUCAAGUUCAAAAGCAACUAUGUCAGUUUCUCGAGAAUGUUCAAGGAAAUAUGUUCAGUUAUCAAACCGCGAUUAAGUAGGUGCGAUUAAAUCAUGUUUGUCGUUACAAGUUUUUUUAGCAAAUCAGUAAAAAAAAAUAUUUUAAUCAUUU